AUGACUGGCAGUCCUCAACUCACGACUUCAGACGACGUUGGCUCCGAUUCGGUCCGUCGCGUUGGAAGGUUCAGCAUCUCCAAGAUAGAACAGUCGGAGGACGCUCCAGCUGUCAAGCCGAAAACGACUCCGGAAGACGAGCAGGACGCAGCCAUUAAAUUAGCAGCAGCGAAUGUGGUGGAUGAGCUGUUGGCAGCCUACGCCGCGGCCACCGCCGAAGAGGACGAAGAGAGCGAUCUCUGUGAAAGUUCCGCCAGCGUGAGUGACAAAGAGAAUAACCCAUCGAACGAUGAUGAAUCUCUUGAAGAACUCGCUUUCGAAGAAGAGGGCCCGACGGAGGAGGCCUGCGUUCCGACCGUGUCGAUCCUCCCACUCAUCUGUGGACAGUGCAAUUAUCAAUCCACCUCGCAGCGCGAUCUCAUCAAUCACAUGAACACGUGCAACAACGGACGACCUUUCCCCUGCAAAUACUGCAACUACGCUUGUGGUAGCAUGCGGGAUCUUCGUGAGCACGAAAAACUACACAGGGAGAGCAAGUAUAUCUGCGAUGUUUGUGGGAAGAUAUUCCGCGACCCUCAACGCCGUGAUCUCCACCGUGACGGACACGUUGGUUCGAUCACUUGCAGCCUGUGCGGUCUCUCUUUCCCGACUCACCGCAGCUUCAACGAUCACGUCCGAUCCCUCCACCCGGAAAGGAGCCGCCAUCGUGAGGGACGGAGCGCCAGCGCAGCCUCAAAUCUGAGUUAAAUCCUCAAAGGUUUCGAAUCGGCUAGAAGUCCUGACGAAGGUAGAUCAGGCAUAGCGCAUCCCGUCGAGGGUCAGCACUCGCAGUACUGUGCUAGGCUGGGAGAUGUCCUGGUGAGAUUGAGAGCCUUUGCACUACUCUAGAAUUCCCGUCUAUUGAAGAUUUCGGCUU